AUGGCCUCAAUUCUAGCUCCCGGCCGGGGCAUGGCCCUGAGCAGGGCCUUCUCCACGGCCGCAGCCUCGCCAGCCUCUCUCCCCUCAAUACUACCAGCCUCGACGACGACGACGAUCGCUUCCCCCAGCAGAUUCGCUUCUGCGCGACGACAGUUCUCAACGACGCAAGGCCGACCGUCAAAACUGGGCAUUACGCCGCUUUCGAUUCCGCCGGGCGUGGAGGUUACCAUGGGAGAGCCAAAGGCGUUCCGGUCGGCGACGUCGUAUAAGCCGGUCGUGAAGAAGAGGAUUACUGUGAAGGGACCGCUGGGAACGCUGGAUAUGGAUGUGCCCGAGUUUGUGGACCUGGUACAGAACGCCGAAGAGAAGACUGCGACGCUGAGCGUGAGAGACCCGAAUGCGAAAGAACAGAAAGAAAUGUGGGGAACCUCAUGGUCCUACCUCAGCAACCACAUCACCGGCGUCUCCGAAGGCCACACAGCCAUCAUCCGCCUCGUCGGCGUCGGCUACCGCGCCAGCGUCGAGCAGCGCGGCGCAAAGGAGCAGUACCCCGGCCAAAAGUUUCUCUGCCUCAAGCUCGGCUUCACGCACCCCGUCGAGGUGGGAAUCCCCAAGGGCGUCACGGUGACGACGCCGUCGCUGACGCGCAUCCUGCUCGAGGGCCCCGAUCGGGAGGUGCUCAUGAGCUUUGCGGGCGUGGUGAGGAAUUGGAGGAAGCCGGAGCCGUACAAGGGCAAGGGAGUGUUUAUUAACGAUGAGACGAUUAAGUUGAAGCAGAAGAAGAUUAAAUAAAUGAAAUGAGAUGAAAAGGAGGGGGAGGGGGAGAAAGAAAAGUAAAGAAGGAAAAAAGAGCGUUGGAAAGAAAAAAAAGUGUACAGUAAGUUGGCUUUGGACAAGGGUGUUUUUAACGGAGACUUGUAUCAUCAUCAGGGCCGUUUUGGCGAGGUGUUUAGACAUAUUUAUACAUCUUACAUGUAUAUAUCAACGACAAUCCAAAAUUAACAUGCAGAUAUGUAUCUACCUAUGCAACCGUUGAUGAAAAUUGCCUGCUUUUUACCCGUAUU